AAUGACGGCGGCGAACGUUGAGAUGACCGGAAGUAACUUUUUCGACUAUAUUCACCAAGCCGAUCAGCAGGAGGUGGCCGAACAAUUAGGUUUAUGCGCACCGAAUGGAGUCUCCUUGCCGUCGCCCAGAAACGGUGACGAAAGGACGUCACCGACGCCCGCCGACAAAGCGACGGCUAUCGUCGGACAAACAAUAACUAAGCGUUCCAGCGAACGUUCCUUUUGCGUUCGAAUGAAGUCGACGCUAACGAAGAGAGGCGUUCAUGUUAAGAGUAACGGUUACAGGGUCGUUCAAAUUCUUACUCGCCUUAGACACCAGUUCACUUUCUCAUUACCUAGAAAGGCAUCACAGAGACCCUUAUUAGGAAUUGUGGGAAUGGCUAUAGCUCUACCUCCUCCCACAGUCAACGAAUUACCUUUGGACUCGGACAUGUUCGUCAGCCGCUUAAAUCAAGGUUUUCAAGUAACAUACGUUGAACCAAGAAUAGCCGACUUGAUGGACAUGAGCGUAGACGAGAUGAACGGCGUCACUUUAUAUUCUCUUUGCCAUGCAGAGGAUGGACAGAAGUUACGUGUUUUAAGAGAGGAGAGCGAGAGAGAGAGAGAGAGAGAGAGCGUCUAGUUGGAGUAUAUAGAAUAUUUAUAAGGUAAAAAUGACCCCUGCCUCUAGGAGGAGGUCACCUCUGAGGGUUGCGAAAAUUGGAUAAGUGAUUGAUAGUCUAUUAUUUUGAAUUUUUUAUAAACUAAUUAAUAUUUUCAUUUGGAUAAAAAGUGGGUGGCAACAUUUUUCAUACGUUUUUCCUCCCACUAGUGUGUUUAGUUUGUUUAUUUGUUUAGACACUUUGUUGCAAUCUCUCCAUCCAAACUCUUGUGUCUCUCUC